UCCUUUGCCUCCUUCUUUCCACUCUCGCUCUCUCCUCUCACUCACAGUAAUCAUUCUCGGUUCUUCCUUCUCCCUGUAUUCAUCUCUACCACUGUUCUUGAAUCUUGAGAAUGCUCUUCUAAGAGAUUGGCCAAGGUCGCUCUUCUGGACCUCCCUGAUUUCCCACCUCUUUCCGAGCGCUAUCGCAGCUCUCUGACACUUAUCGCUCGUUGGCUUCGCAUCGAAUAGCCUUGCGAUCGUAACUGCUGGUCAGACCCGUCGGAGGAGUGUUGGUUUACCGCGUGAAGGCGCUGGAGAUAUCCGGGAGGCCCUGGAACAAUAUCGCUAGUCAGGCCCGAACGUCGUCGCAAUGUCAAACCCCGCAUCGUCUUUCGAUCCUCGACGGUCGACCAUCUAUGGCCGUCCGGAAGAACUUCACAUUCCUACAGGAGGUGGGGGAGCUGCCAAUCUCCAGCGGCAGUCAAUGUCCCAUGAGUAUGCCGCGGGGGUCGAUAAUCAUGUUCCCUCGAUCAACGUGCACCCGUCCAGCUCCCAGCCAAACCAAUACGGGCCCGGGAACGCCGGUAGCGGCCCUCUUCCGGGGGCCUUGCAGCCCGGUAAUGCCGUUCGUCCCAGUGCAGUGGCUGUGAACACCGCGCCAUCGGGGAUUCCGACGCUUCCCCAGUUGUCAACCCAACAACCGCCGCCGCAGCAUCCACCGUCCCAGCAACCACCGACGACCCCUCGCUCCAAUUCCCACGGGCCGUCCAGAUCCAGCCCGGUCGGCUUCGAUGUGCAAAAGUACAAACCGCACGGGGCCCCGGAAACCUUCAGGUACCCACCGUCGCCCGGUGCGGCUGGGUUCCAGCCGCAUACCCCGCAAGGCGCCAAGUACUCGCCGCUCGGACUGGCAGAUAUCCGCCCAACGGGGGACCUUCUGGGCGAUCAUAUCACCAGUCCCGGAUCCGUCCCCUACACCGAUACCCAGGUCCCGACCAACAGCAACUACAUCGCGCCGUGGCCGCUCUAUGCGGUGGACUGGUGCAAAUGGCCCGUUUCGGGGAAUUCCGGAUCGUUUGGGGGCAAGAUCGCCCUGGGCAGUUAUUGCGAGGACAACCACAACUAUAUCCAAAUCGUCGACACACACUGGACCCAACCGGACCCAGAUACGCCCGAUGCGGCUGCAGGGGAGAUUAAGCUGGACUACGUCAAAACUGCAGAGGCCACCCAUUCAUACCCGGUCACGCGGAUCCUCUGGGAGCCUCCGUCGUCGCAGAAGCAGUCGACCGAUCUGCUGGCGACUUCCGGCGACCACCUCCGGCUGUGGUCGCUACCGGCCGCGCAACCGGUCCAUUCGAACUCCAUCACCCGCCCGUCCAGCCAGCGGGAUAGCCCGUCCUCCAAACUGUCCCCGCUCGCGCUGUUGUCGAACUCGAAAUCGCCGGAACACACGGCGCCGAUCACCUCGCUCGAUUGGAACACGAUCUCCCCGAGUCUGAUCAUCACCUCCAGCAUCGAUACGACCUGCACCAUCUGGGAUAUCCCGACCCUGACCGCCAAGACCCAACUGAUCGCGCACGACAAGGAGGUAUACGAUGUCCGGUUCUGCGCCAAUAGCGUCGAUGUCUUCGUCAGCUGCGGUGCCGACGGCAGUGUCCGCAUGUUCGAUCUGCGCAGCCUGGAGCACAGCACGAUUAUCUAUGAGCCAACGGACAAGAACGAAAAACUGGUCAGCCCUCCGGCCAACGGCAGUCCCUCCGCCCCGUCCAGCUCGUGGCCGCCGCCGCUUUUGCGCAUCGCGGCAUCGCCACACGACGCGCACCUUCUCGCCACUUUCUCGCAGGACUCGAGCCUCGUCCGAGUCCUCGACGUGCGCCAACCGGGCCAAGCCCUCCUCGAGCUCAAGGGCCACGGCUCGUCAGUCAACUGCGUCGAAUGGUCACCCAACCGCCGGGGCCUCCUCGCCUCCGGCGCCGACGACAGCUUCGUCCUACUGUGGGAUCUCAUGAACCCGCAAAACUCGGUCCCCGUGCCCCCGGUGGUCCAGAACCCCGCGACCCCCGCGACGACCUCCGAGCGCGGGCCCUCGGCCGCCUGGCAAUGCGACUACGAAGUGUCCAACAUCAGCUGGUCUCCGCAGGGCGGGACCACCAGUGGGGGGCACCCGCGCGAUUGGUUAGGGGUGUGUGGUGGACGGGGCAUCUGGGGGGUUUCAAUUUAGAGGGAUCAUCCUAAAUUUCGAUAUCCUUUUCUAUUCCUUCUCUUUUUUAUUUCUUCCCGCAUUCUGAUCGCCUGAAGUUAUUUACCCCAUAUGUUUCAUCUUCUCUUUUUAUUUUUUAUUUUUUUUUCCUUUUUCUAUAUUGGCUAUUGCUGAUCGGUCUCCCCCGUCUCUGCACUUUCCUUUUCUUUUCAAUUACUACUGCACCAACAAGGGAGAUGACAACACAAAAAAAGCAAACGAAAGACGAAAUCGGCAUCCCAUCUUGUAAAGCGCUUUUUUUUUUUUGUUCGAUUUUGAUAUGGGAUGGUGGAUGGGUGGAUGGAUGGAAUGGCAUGAGACGAAUGAAUGAUUGAACGAACAAGCAAAGAUUCAACCAACCCAACCAACCACUGCGUGUGUGUGUUCUUCUUAGAUCAGUAACUAACUUGGACUGGAU